AUGCCCCGGUCAUCCAGCAUGGCCAGCGACGGUCACGAACGGUUAGAGCCGAGGCUCUUACGGGCCGCGGAAAACGACGAUGCCGACUCCCUGCGCAAAGUUCUAGCGCUCGCCCACGAAUACGGCCAAUUCAGCGAUAAUUUCCUCCGCGUAGGUCUUAUGCGCAGCGCCGAACGAGGCUGCGUCAAUGCAACUGAGUUUCUGCUCACGCAAGGCGCGAAGACGGAUGUUGCUGGGAAUCGGCUUUCGCCGCUCUUGCGUGCUGUCGAGCGUGACCAAUAUCAGAUUGUGCGGCUAUUGCUUGAUCAUGGGGCGUCUCCUGAUAGUCAGGACAAGGACGGAAGGACGGCGAUAAUGACUGCGGCGUGGCUUAAUCGUGCCGAUAUCUUGCAGUUGUUGAUUAUGCGCGGGGCGAAUAUUAAUGCCGUCGAUCAUCGGAAGAGGAAUGCUCUACACAAUCUUGCGGCUGAUAAGGAGUGUCGGUGGGGGUGGGGGGAAGAGAUUGUUGAGUUGUUGUUAAGGCCCGAUUGCCAUAUUGACACAAAUGGGCAAGACGAGCUGGGGAGGACCCCACUGCAUUGGGCUUGUGCGACGGGGAAUUGGAGGGUGGCGCAGUUGCUUUUGACGAGACCAAAUGGCUCAAAAAUCGAUGCGGCAGAGAUGAGAGGGAAGACGGCGCUGCAUAUUGCUACUGUGCAUGAUCGGGCCGAUAUCGUACAGCUUUUGUUGCAACAUGGGGCUGCUGUCAACGCUUGCAGUGAUGGAGGGUGGACGCCUCUUCACAAUGCCUGUGAGAGAGGAUGCGAGGCGAUUGUCUCUAUCCUCUUGCACGCAGGUUCUCAAAUUAACAGUCAGUUGCUGAAUGGUGUCACGCCUUUACAUCUUGCAGCGCAAGGUGGACAUCGUGAGGUGAUAGAGUGUCUUCUGGAGCGAUCUGAUUUGAAACGUCGAGUUCGAGACAACUUUGGCAGUACUCCAUUCCUGCGUGCAGCUCAAUUCAAGCGCAAGGAUGUUGUGCUGCUUCUCGCUCCAUUCAACAAUGUCGACUCUCUCUCCGACGAUGUUAAGGACGCUAGUAAAGCCUUUGAUGCAACCGUCGUCGACUUUGGCAACUUCCACAACGAGAAUCGAGUUAAGAAGAUGUCCGUUUAUAAUUUGCUUUAUGGCCGGGAUCCUGAGAAUCCAAGGAAGCAGGCUGUGACCACUGUUCCUGCAGACAGUCGUGCAACUGACUUUCGAUGGAUACACCUGCCAGCGAAUAACAUGGCUUGGGUGGAAGCGCUCAUGACCAAGUCAUUCAUUGAAGAGGGUGCUCACGAUGUGGAUGGCUUCAAGGGUCUUGAAAAAUCAUUCAAUUAUCAACACCGCGGACAGAAGAUUCAUUCGCAUUUCAUGCGGCCUUUGUGUCAGAAUACACCGCGGACUAUGAUGCGACGGUGGGAGAAGGAGAAGGAGGACGAGAAAGUAGAGGAACAGUCGCAAUAUGCCCCUUCAUUAAGCACGGUGGACACCACGAUCAAUCGCAAACAGAAAGGAUCAAGCAGUAAACUUGACCGCGUCGAAUCACAUUCACACGACGAAAGCGCCGUAGGUGGAAAGAAAAGCAACCGCAACCAGAAACGAAGCAAAGGGGGCAGCAAUCCAGGAACUCCCAAAGGCGAAACCAAAACAAAGUCUCCAUGGGGCUCGAGUGACAAACUGGCUCGAUCAGCCCAAUUGACCACAUCGACUCUGUGUAAAGACCCCCAAAGCCUUCUUUCUGCGAGCAAUGUCUGUGUCUUUAUGCCAUAUCUGCAUUUCGAAACUGCAGACCGGCGACAGAAGAUGCAAGAUGCCAUCCAGCGCGCUGAGACACUGAGUUUCCAGCCGAGUAUGAAAAAACUUCGCAGCCGAGAUGAGGUCCUUCUUGAUGCACAUUUAUCUGCUUCGACCACUUCCCUCCAUGUCCGUCGAACACUGGACCAGUUCUUCUAUCCAAACAUCGAUACCCAGAGCCGCGACCAAGACCAGGUUGUCUACCGGUACCAGACCAAAGGCCCCGGUCGUGAUGGGCCAGGAACGGAGCCCAAAAUUUUUAUGGUUGAUCAGCUAUGGAUGUGGGUUCUAGGGACGAACCUCAUUGUCACCAGCUUCCCGCAGCGAUGGGACCAACCAAAGAAUGACCCGUUAAAUGUGUUGGACGGGAUUAUUGAAGAUAUCAAUUCCAAAACCCGCGACCCUGUCAAGUCGGUAUACGACCUUGCUAUCAUUAUUACUAACCGAUGUUCGGGAGUAUUUGAUCGACACCGUCUUGGCGAUGACGAAUUCCAAUUCUUGGACAUGUUUGAAUCCUCCAUUGGUAUAGCAACUGAUAGAGAGACAUUGCUCUUUAACCGGUUCAACCAUGCAUCUGUGCAGGCGUCAGCUUGGCUGAAAAGCCACCGCAAACUGAAUAAGUUCUCUCGCAGCUCCGCUCGCUCGGUUCAUGCCCGUGACGGAGUUGCAGAGGACGACCCGAUCGAGGACGAGGAAAACUAUCUUGACGAUGGUCAGCCACUCUUUGUCGACCGACUCCUCGACAUCGGUGAAGAGACAGAUCUUCUUGCAGAGGCCAAAGAUAUCAGAGACGAGCUGAACAUGAUCCGUACUGUGCUUGACCACCAAAAGCACGUCCUCCAAGAUUUCCAAGAAGUGAUCUGCGAGAUUUACCAAGGGCAGCACCGCUCCCAACAUGAAGUUAAGAAACGAUUCAAGGACCAGCAGCGCAUGAUCGACAUGCACCUGAAAGAUAUUGAGCGCAUGGACAAGCAAGCCGAACGAAUCUACCACUCCAUCACGGAUCUGCUUGACCUCAAGCAAAAACACGCCAACGCCUUCGAAGCCCGCUUCGCUCGCGACCAGGCAGCAGGAACAACCCGCCAAAGCAAGACAAUCAUGGUCUUCACUAUUGUCACGAUCAUCUUCCUGCCUUUAUCUUUCAUCACCUCCAUCUUUACCAUCAACCUGAAAGAAUUCGAUAAUUUGAACCUCCCAUACGUCGCCAAAUACACCUUCGGCGUUGGCUUCGCCAUCUCCAUCCCCCUUGUCAUCCUGGCUCUUUCUGUGGACGACAUCGGCGACUUCUUCCGUAUGGGCCGUAGCUGGCUAUCUCGCAAAAGCGAGCCAGCACCGACAUCAGACCGCGAAUUCCAGCUCCAGACACUGGAAUUUGAGAAAAUCAUCAGCUUGGCGCGAUCACGCCGGAGCGGCGAGCUGGAUUAUGGACCCAGCUUGUUGCCUGUUUCGACUCGCGGUACUGGAGCGUCGAGGAGAUUAGAUCACUAUGCAAAUGGCCUGGUGAAUGGGGACAUGCGGAAAAGCUAUGAGUUACGUCGCAGUGUGGAUUAUAGGCCCUAUUCAUGA